AGCAGCUCCCCUUCUUUCUGGAUCUCAUUUUUCAAAACCAUAUGUAGUUUAAAUGAUGAAAGGGAUGAAGCAUAUUAUUAUUGUGAUUGUUAUUAUGGGUUUGAUGUUGUUGUGGCCUUGUCCAUCAUCAGCAGAGAAGACAGUGAUUAAUGUUGGAGUAGUGCUUGAUCUUAGUGAAACAGUGGGGAAGAUUGGAUUGAGUUGCAUCAACAUGUCCCUUUCGGAUUUCUAUGAUUCUCAUCCUCAUUACAACACCAGGAUGCUCCUCCAUGUCAGAGACUCUCAAACUGAUGUUGUUACCGCUGCUUCUGCAGCUGUAGAGUUGAUGAAAAAGGAGAAAGUGGAAGCAAUAAUGGGACCAGUAACAUCAAUGCAAGCAAGCUUUGUUGUGAAUCUUGGAGACAAAGCUCACGUUCCAAUCAUAUCCUUCACCGCAACAAGCCCUUCUCUAACAUCGCUUGGCAGUUCCUACUUCUUUCGAAUUGCACAAAAUGAUUCUACUCAAGUACACGCCAUAAGCGACAUCAUCCAAUCCUUCGGGUGGAGACAAGCAGUUCCUAUCUACAUCGACAACGACUAUGGCCGCGCCAUUAUUCCCUUCUUAACCAAUUCCCUUCAACAAGCAAAUAUCAGGGUCCCAUACCUCGCUGUUAUUCCUCCCUCCGCCACCACCGAUCACAUUGAAGAACAGCUUUACAUGCUUAUGACCAUGGAAACUAGGGUUUUUGUUGUUCAUAUGGUGGGGAAUCCUGGGUCCACUCUCUUUGCCAUUGCGGAUCGGAUUGGAAUGAUGAAACAAGGCUAUGUUUGGAUUGUAACCAAUGGUAUGGCUAAUACUUUGGCCUCUCUUGACUUCUCGGAUAUUCAAGCGAUGCAAGGUGUGUUAGGAGUGAAAACAUAUGUUCCUAAAACCAAAAGGGUUGUUGAUUUCCAAGCACGUUGGAAGAGGCGUUUCUUGCAGGACAAUCCAGCCAUGGUUGAUGCAAGCAUCAAUGUGUUUGGAUUAUGGGCUUAUGAUGCCUCAACCGCGCUCGCAAGCGCCGUUGAGAGGGCUAAUAAUAAUAAUUCGAAACCCGGAUUUCAAAACACCACAAAUAAUGCUUCCAGCAAUUUCAGUGAGAUUGACAAUGUAGGAGUAUCGGAGAGGGGUGAAGAAUUGCGGGACGCUUUAUCGGACACCAGAUUCAGCGGCCUGGCCGGCCAAUUCGGCCUUGUCAAUGGAGAAUUAGAAGCUGCAACUUUUCAGAUAAUUAACGUAAAUGGUAAUGGAGAAAAGGUGAUAGGAUUUUGGACACCACAGAAGAGAUUAACAAGGAAUCUUAGCAGCCUAAUAAAAAGUAGUACAACUGAUUUGAAUAAUAAUCAUGAUAAUGUUCUAGGAGCAAUGAUAUGGCCAGGGGAUAGUUAUUCAGUUCCAAAGGGGUGGGAGAUACCAACAAAUGGGAAGAAAUUGAGGAUUGGAGUUCCGGUGUCAUCAAGGCCUCAAUUUGUGAAGGUGGAAAAUGAUGGUGAAACUAACACAACAAAGGUAACUGGUUUUAGCAUUGAUGUGUUUGAAGCGGUGGUGCAAGCUUUGCCUUAUGCUUUGCCAUACCAAUUCAUUCCUUUUGCAAAACCCAAUGGGGAGAGCGCCGGCACCUAUGAUGAUUUAAUCAUGCAGGUCUAUUAUGGGGUGUUUGAUGCUGUGGUGGCAGACACAACGAUUAUAGCAAACAGGUCAAAGUACGUUGACUUCACGUUGCCGUAUACAGAGUCAGGAGUAUCAAUGGUGGUGCCAGUGAAAGACAAGAGCAAGAAGGGUGCAUGGGUGUUCCUAAAGCCUCUAACCUGGGAUCUAUGGAUGACCACUGGUUGUUCCUUCGUGUUCUUUGGAUUCGUGGUGUGGGUUCUUGAGCAUCGCAUCAACAAAGAUUUUCGUGGCCCUCCUUCUCACCAGAUCGGCACCAGUUUGUGGUUUUCUUUUUCCACCAUGGUCUUUGCUCAUCGAGAAAAAGUAGUGAGCAACACUGCACGGUUUGUUGUGAUAAUAUGGGUAUUUGUGGUGCUGAUUUUGACUCAGAGUUACACAGCAAAUUUAUCAUCACUACUAACAGUGGAGCAACUUCGACCAACAGUGACCAAUGUAAAUGAUCUAAUAAAGUAUAGAACACGUGUUGGGUACCAUACAGGUUCUUUUGUUCGUGGGAUCUUGCUCAACCUUGGUUUCAAGGAUUUUCAGCUCAUAACUUAUAAUUCCACAGCACAAUGUGAUGAUCUUCUCAGCAGAGGCAGUCAAAACGGUGGAAUUGCUGCUGCAUUUGAUGAAAUUCCUUACAUUAGGAUUCUUCUUGGAACCUAUUGCUCUAAGUAUACCAUGGUGGACCCCACAUUUAAAACCGAUGGCUUUGGCUUUGUAUUCCCAAAAAGUUCUCCUCUGGUGGGUGAUGUAUCAAGGGCAAUUCUGAAAGUAACUGAAGAUCCAAGAAUGAAAGAAAUAGAGAGUGCAUGGUUUGAGAAGCGAAGUAGUUGCCAGCAAGAAGAUGCAUCAGUGUCUUCUUCUAAUAGUCUUGGCCUAGACAGCUUCUGGGGCCUAUUUCUCAUUGCUGCAUUGGCUUCCAUUUCAGCACUCCUCAUCUUUGCAGUUACAUUCUUGUAUGAUCAUAGACAUCAAUGGUGGUUCAUCAAUAAUGAUUAUUCAACAUGGAAGACUCGAAUCCGCAUCUUGCUGAGAAUCUUCGACCAGAGAGACCCUAGGUCUCAAAGAUUCAGGAGCGGUGGUACUGAUUCAGUUAAGGAAGAAGAUAGACACAAUUAUGAUCAAAAUAGCAGCACCAUUGGUCGUCAUCAUCAUCAUCUUCAUGAUCAUAGCUUAGAUGCUGCUUCCACCUACACAGAAUCCAGCUUCUCCUUUCAAGGAUCACCUUGUGAAGACAGCAAUAGUGAUCAUAAUAAUAAUGUAGAGCAAAAUAAUUUGCGUAGUCAACCAUCUCAACAAGAAAACUGAUGCAAUUACUUCAUUUAAUUUGUUAUUAUUAAUUAAUUAGACGUAAGAUUAAUAUAUAUAGUUUGUGUUAUGUUUUUAAUAAGUAAUUCCAAUAUUUAAUUAGGGCCAUCUGGUUCGAUUUUUGUAUUUGUACAGAGACGAUUCCGAUUUACCUAACCAUCUAGAAAUGGCAAGCUAAGACCCGGUCUCUUUA